GCUGUGUCACGUGACUUCCUUUGAGUUUGUGUUAUCCAACAGCAGCAUGUGUGGCUGAGGAGGAGGCGGCAGUGCGGGAGCAGAGACCCGGGAGACGGGGGAGGAUGGGGAAGCGCCGGGGCUCCGUGGACGCCAAGACUGACUGCAAGAAGCCGAGGAAGCAGCCGCGGAAGAGGGCGCCGGCCAGAGCAGGUGGUGGAGAGGACGCGUGCGAAGACAGGAAGGCGCUGAAAAAGGAAAGCCGAGCCGCAGCAGGUGCCGGGGCCAGAAAAAAAGCAGAGAAGACGCCCGGGGGAACCGCUGCGGGGAAGAGAGCUCCUAGAGUCAAGAAGCCUGCCGAGAAGGAGAUAGAGCACUUGUUGAGCUUGGAGUCUCAGUCUGUGAUUCCGGAUGCAGCGGUUAAAGCGGGAAGCGGCUCGGAGGAUGGAGAGGACAGCGACGAGGAGUGGGAGGACGUGGAAGAGCUCAAUGCAGCUACACUGGAUGCCUUACAAGCCACAACAUCCAAUGACUCGGGGCUCCCCACUGAGUCCGUAGAGAUAGAGAUCGAAACGCCAGAAGCAGCCAAAAAAAGGUUAAGAAGAGAGAAGAGAAAGGCAGAGUUUGCCGCUUAUUUACGCCGGAUAAUGAACCGGUUCAGCAAGGAGUUGCGAGAAGACACGCACAAGGUACAUUUGCUCUGCCUUCUUGCCAAUGGCUUCUUCCGCAGUGACACGUGUAAUUCCCCUGACCUUCAGGCGGUGGCGCUGUCUGUGGUUCCAGUUAAAUUUAUAAACUAUACGGCUGUCCGGGUAGAUGUGGUUUACUUGACAAACUUGGUGAAGUGGUUCAAGUCAACAUUUACCUUGAAUCCGGAAAUGUCUCUUGAUGAUCGAGAACCAAUAUCAGCCAGGCUGGAGCGGAGAUUUGGGGCGUACGGAGUGAGGGAUGCAGAAGAGAUGGUCCAUCUUUUCUUGAUUCUGCUUCGAGCCUUGCAACUUCUGAGCCGCCUGGUGCUCUCCCUGCAGCCGAUUCCUCUAAAGGAGCUGCCCGCCAAGAUGGCAAGAAGCCCAAGAGAGAAGUCCUCGAAGAAGUCUAAUAAAACAGCCCGAUCCCGAAAAUCCCCUAAAGGAAAAUCCAAAGGGGAACCGAAGCUGAAGCAAGUGAAAGUAGAGACCAUUUCCUUGGACAGCUCUGAGGAUGAAGAUGAGAAACCUUCAGAUAUCAUGCCUAAGAAAAAAGUCCGUAAGGACAAGAAGGACAAGUCGGGGGAGGUUUCCGAAGAUACUAAGGUUAAAGCAAGUCCAAAAAAUCAACGCCGGAGGAAAGUGGCCUCCAAAUUGUCCUACAAGGAGGAGAGUGACAGCCAGGAGGGUAGUAGCGGAUCUGACUAUUCCUACGCGACCAGCGAGGACAGCGACUUCUCCGACUGCGACUUGUCAAUUGAAAAAAAAGUUAAAGGAUCUUCUUUUGUAAAGGCGAAUAGCAGGAGGUCGGGGGAGGGCACAUCAAAGAGUCCAGGACACCCCAAAGCAAAGAGCUCGCCCAAAGAUGACAACCCGCAAAUUAAGAGGAGAGGCAAGAUCAUUUCCACAGAUGACGAGGAGGAGGUGGGGGGGAGUGCCGCACCACCACCCCCCAGUGGUAGCGAUCAAUGGGUGGAGGUUUAUUUGGAGAAAGAACAGAAGUGGGUGUGUGUGGACUGUGUGGACGGAGCGGUUAACCAGCCGCCGCGGUGUGUCAAGGCGGCCACCAAACCGGUCACUUACAUCGUGGGGAUCGACAACAAUGGGCAUCUUAAAGACGUGACGCGAAGAUACGAUGCAGAAUGGAUGACCAGUACUCGCAAACGGCGCAUCGACGCAGAAUGGUGGGAAGAGACUCUGAUGCUUUAUAAAAACCACAACACCACACGGGAGGAAAAGGAAGAUGCAGAGUUUGAAUCUAAGCUCUUGGACCAGCCCCUGCCAACCUCGGUCACAGAGUAUAAGAACCAUCCUCUCUAUGCUCUAAAGAGACAUCUGCUCAAGUAUGAAGCCAUCUACCCAGAUUCUGCAGCCAUCCUUGGUUACUGUAGAGGAGAAGAGGUUUAUUCCAGGUCUUGUGUCCACACCUUGCAUUCCAUAGACACUUGGUUAAAGGAGGCCCGCGUGGUGCGGCUCGGGGAGGUGCCUUACAAGAUGGUGAAAGGGCAGUCUAACCGAGCGAGGAAAGCCCGCCUGGCAGAUCCAGAGAAGAGGGACAGCAAUGACCUUGCUCUGUUUGGCCUGUGGCAGACUGAGGAAUAUCAGCCGCCCAUAGCAGUGGACGGAAAGGUUCCUCGCAACGAGUUUGGCAACGUGUACCUGUUUAAACCUAACAUGCUGCCCAUCGGCUGCUGCCAUUUGCAAGUUUCAAACCUGAACCGCGUGGCCAGGAAGCUGGACAUCGACUGUGCCCCGGCCAUCACCGGCUUUGACUUCCACUGCGGCUUCUCGCAUCCUGUGACCGAUGGUUAUAUUGUAUGUGAGGAAUAUAAAGACGUCCUGCUGGCUGCCUGGGAGAAUGAACAGGUGGAGAUGGAGCGCAAGCAGAAAGAGAAACGGGAAAAACGGGUCCUGGCCAACUGGAAACUGCUGGUGAAGGGUCUUCUGAUCAGAGAGAGACUGAAAGCUCGAUAUGGACAGAAGGACUCCGAAUAUUUUUCCGCUGCAGCCACAGAGGGGGGACUCUCGUCAGAUGAGGAGAAACCAGCAACAGAGACCCCAGCUCUGGACACUGCUGUAUCCUGGCCCCAGAACCGUAAAACCGAGGAGCAGCAGGGAGGGAAAGCAAAACGGAAAACGAAGAGGGAGAAAAGAGGAGAAGAAAAUCACUUAUUCCCAUUCGAAAAGCUGUAAAAAGUCUAAUGAGCACCUACAAGAACCACAAGUCUCAGCAUUCAAUCUGUGACUGACCUUAAGAGGACUCCAGACAAAAUACUGUGCUGCCGAGUGAAGGGCUGGAACAUGACUUCAUAGAGUUAGGUCUCAUGCACACGAAUAUAUGCCACCCGUUCCAUGCAUUGGGGACCACAAAUUGCAGUCCCCAACGCACGGGCACUGUCCCUGUGGCUGGUGCAGAUCCAUUCAACUUGAACGGGUCCGUAAUCCAUCUGCACCACACAAAAAA